AUGUCCUCCUCGCAGUCUUCACACGCUCGCCAAGACUUCAUCGCGAGGAUCAGAUAUUCCAAUGCCCUCCCGCCGCCGCCAAAUCCCCCCAAGCUCCUCGACAUACCAAACACUGGCCUCGCGAGCGGACAAUACACGACCCCAGGCUUCGCUUCUCGCCUGGCGCGGGAGCAGCCGCUAAAUAUUGAAGCAGAUGCCGAGCUUGGAAUGCCCCUUGACCUAGUGGGCAUGCCAGGAGUCUUUGAUGGCGAUGAGAGCUCCACCCUCGGCAAGCCCAAGGUUGCAGGCGCUGCCGUCUCUUUCCUCCGCCGUACCGAAUAUAUCUCAAACGCAAACACCACAACGAAAUCGAGCCCAUUCCGACAAGCCCCAAAGAACACCGAUCGGCGGCCACCCAAACGGAAAUCGCCAGAACCCGACAUCGGAACACCGGCCUAUGUCAAGCGCAAGAUUGAGAAGGGCUUCGAGGCAGCGCAAGAGAACCUGAAGGACAAGAGCCGGAUACGCCACCCGACUAAGCCUCCAGUGGCCAAGUUCAAGAAUCUCAGAGUGGUUGAGGCCUACCCUGUUCUGCCAGACCUCGACGCGUUCCCAGACUCGGGCGCCUAUGUCACCUACAAGUUUGCGCAUCCCCCCAUUCCCAAGGAUGGGACUUACGACAAGCGCCUUCUCAACAGUAUACUGAAGUACAAUCGUUCACCGGAGGAGGAGGAUGCCUACAAUCAGGCGGUAGAGGCGCACAACCGCGACCCCGAGAACCAUCCUAAGCCGCCCAACCAGCAGCCGUAUAACUUCUACCUUGCCGAUAAGGUCAAACACGUUGAUAUGUUCCGCCAGAGAUUCGACCUGCGCAACCCCAACCGUGAUGACGACAGUCUGAACCCAGAGACGAAAGCAGACAGUGGCAAACCGGCGUUUGAGUACAAUUACGCACGCACGUACAAUGCCGUCGUCGAGAGUGAGCUGGAUCAUGACACCAAGUACAGCGAGGAGCUGGUAUUCGGCAUUGACCCAGUCACGAAGGUGGCGUGGUAUUACCCGUCCAUGCAGCGCAUGAAGCUGGAGCCGCCACGGAGAAUCCACAAUCAGUUCAAGCGCGAGAAGAAUGAGGUCGACGAGAUCGACAUUGUCCCCGUGGAUCCUUCUGAUGAGUGGCGGCUCCGCAUGGAGCUGUGCAAGGCGAACCCUCUUGUUGGGCCGGACCCGCCACAGGAGGACGAGCAUGAUGCUGAUGCUGAGGUGGAGGAGGCCAUGUCACAUGACGGAGAUGGUGGUCGACGUGGUCGUGAUGACAGUGAGGAACCUGCGGCCACAAAUGGGCGGAACUACAGCGAGGAGCCUAGGGUUGAGAGUGAGCAGGAUGCUGAAGGGGACGAAGAUGAGUAG